AGUAAUAAUAAUGGAGAGAAGGUUGUUUGAUGCAGCAAGAGAAGGGAGUGUAACAUCCCUUCUAAAUUUACUUAAAGAAGAUCCAAUAAUUCUAGAUAGAAUAUCAACUUCAGGAACAUAUUCAGAAACACCCCUUCACAUAGCUGUUAUUUUAGGUAACUUUGACUUUGUUAAGGAACUCCUACAAAGAAAGCCAACCCUUGCCACUGAAAUUGAUUUACACAAAUCCACACCACUUCACCUUGCCUCUGCUACCAACAAUGUUAAAUUGGUAACACUUCUUCUCAGCGUUAGCCCCGGGAUCGUGUGCCGAGCUCGGGAUGCGUAUGGAAGAUGUCCUGUUCAUGUUGCAGCUAUUAAGGGUCGGGUCGAGGUGUUGAAAGAGUUGAUGCGAGUUGAUUCUGGUGCCGCUCUCCUGCGGACGGACCAGGAUGAUAGCAUUUUACAUUUGUGUGUUAAGUUUAAUCAAUUUGAAGCAUUGAAGGUGUUAAUUGAAAGAAUAAAUGAUAAUGUGCUCCUUAAUUGUGGGGAUUGUGAUGGCAAUACCAUCCUACAUCUUUCGGUUCUUAACCAACAAUCCGAGGCAGUCAACUAUCUACUUCAAAUCCAAACCAUAGAAGUGAACGCAAAGAAUGGUGCAGGGCAAACAGCAAUGGACAUCUUAUUCAAGGGCGUAGGAGGUAUGAUUGGACGCACCCUUCAUAAUGCUGGAGCCGUAAUUACAAAUUCUAACAGCCUUCCAUCACCUUCGCUUCCUGAAAACAACGGCGGUAUGAGGAAGAAUUUUUUGCUCAAGUACUUGCAGGACAAACAAGAAGCUGUAAUGGUUGCAGCAUCAUUGAUAGCAGCCGCCGCCUUUCAAGCCGGUGUCAAUCCUCCUGGAGGCAUUUACCAAGAGACUAUAAAUGAUGAUAAGCAGCAAGUAAUGGACAAGCAUAAAGCAGGCACAUCCAUCAUGGCAUACAGUGCCCCGGGGCUUUACACGUUGUUCAUUGUUGAAAACACGGUCGGGUUCAUAGCUGCUUUGUCUGUGUUCCUGUUGCUUCUUACAGGGUUGCCUCAAAAACACAGGUUCUUUAAAGGGCUAUUUAUGGUGUCGAUUUGGAUGGCUAUUGUUGCGAUUGCAGCGAGUUACGUGUCUUCUAUAAUAACGCUUGCUCCUCCUGAUGAACAAGUUAAGGUCGUUGCAUUUUCUAUUGCAGUGUUAGUCAUUGCUGUAUUGUUGUGGAUUUUGAUUGUUUUGUGGUAUGGUGGUUUUGGUCCUCGCAUAGUUGGGAUUAUUCACCAGAGGCGUGCCUCGAAAAAUGGACCGAUGACCCGAGCGGGUAGUCUCCUUGGGGGUGCAACAACUGGUGGUACUGGCAGUGUGUAAUCAUCCUGCUAUGUUGAAGUUCAUUUGUGAUUUGAAUGUUAUGCAGAGUGGAAAACUUUACUACGUACAGUUUACUCUGAAUAUCUGAGAGUGUUGUGUAUUUUGUUCUUGAAAUGUUGUUUUCCAAAAUUGUAGUGUGCUUAUAAAAAUUGUGACUUGGUUGGGGAAGUUGGUCCAUCACUACUAAGUUUAAUUUCUAUGUUUACUAAUGAUUUGAAUUUAAGCAAUUUAAUCAUUCUACUGACUUUUGGGCAUGUACAACGUUUUCUUUUUCACUCUGUUCAAUUCGUACUCUCUUCAUAGACUUUGGUUCAUUCUCGAAUUGCAAAUUUGCAACGACUAGAAUUGAAUUGCAUUGAAAUUUUGUGGCAACUUCGUUAGACCAAUCUCAUUCAUUGGCAAAAAAAAAAUUCUCUCUCUACCUACUUUUUCACUCUACUUUCCCACUUUUUCUCAUAGGCAUUUUUUUAACAACUCUUCAUACAUUUUUGGGCUUAAAAAAAAUUACCACUAACAUUUUUCUCUCUACCA